CGGCAGAGUUAACAGAUGAUGAAUUGAAAAAUCGUUGCUUGAAAAAGCUGGACAAGAUUUUAAAAAGUUGUGGAAAAAGCUUUAACGAUUUUCCGACAAUGCCAAGACCAUAUUACAAUGAGGAAGAAUUUGAUGGAGGUCAAACUGCACAUUCAAGAUUUGCGAUCCCUCUAAAUCCAACUGAAGAUUCAACAUGCAAUAUAAAACAAGGUAGUCCUUUAGCAAAGUUGAUUGUGAAGGCAAAAUUGAUCAUUUGGGAUGAGGCAUCAAUGCAUAAAUACUGUUUUGAAGCUCUUGAUCAAACUCUUAGAGAUAUUCUAAGAUUUAAAGAUCCGUCAAAUUUAGAUCGGCCAUUUGGAGGUAAAACAAUUGUUCUUGGAGGUGAUGGAAAGAUUGGAUGUUCCAUUGAUGGCAUUGAGAAAGUAGAAAUACCCGACGAUCUUCUCAUACAUAAUUGUGAUGAUCCAAUAUCUGGAAUU